UGCGAAAAAAAAAGACUUAAUUACAGUAACCGUGACAACAGCAGGACAUCGGCAGCUCAACUGUGACGUCAGAACUUGAACCGUAUAAAACCCAGCAUAUUUACUAAACACACAUCAUACUGUACACACAGAGUAAGCGAAGAGCAAUAGUCAGAAAGUAUUACUACUAGGGAUACUUUGCAUGACUUGUUCAAAAUGUUGCUGAAUCAGGUAGAUCUUAUUUCAAGAUCUGUUAUAAACAAACCCCAAUUCCACCUCAUGCAUAAUCCUGUUAUAAACCAUCCCCAAUCCUCCCACAUGCAUAACUCUGUUAUGCCACCCCAAUCCUUCUACAUGCAUAACUCUGUUAUGCCACCCCAAUUCUACCAAAUGGCCCACCACUUCCUGCCACAUCAAUUCUAUGGGGCACAGAUGAUUCCAAUGCAACCCCUAUCCUUCAUCCCACUGGUCCAGCAACAGAAUCCAGCAGAGAUACCUGGGACCUUUUUCCAUGCUAACGGUUACAUGAAUGAAGAGUUUUAUUUCACUCCUCAGCCUCUUCAGCACAACCUGCCAGGUCUGGUUAAAAGGCAGAGUAAACCAAUUAAAAUUCAAGACCCCGAUGACGGAGACCGAGAUGUCACCCUUCAAGAGCUUCGGGGAGGAAGACCUGCGUCCUCUGUGACAUUUCUUCCUUUUAAAGAUAAUGGGGUUCAGGAUGAAAGCAUGAACACUCCUCAGCUUAUGUCUAAGCCUGAAGCUCAGCCCACGUGUGAGUCUGAACAGCAGUCUGACUCCGAACUGCCUUCAGACCAGCCCGAUGAUAAAGUUUCUGAAACCUCUGUAACAACAACCCCAACCACAACCAAACUUGUUCAGACAGAAAGUGUGAAUAAAAUGGACCUUCAGGUGGAGGAGGAAGAGAACAAGAAGAAGGAGCAGAGUGAGCAAGUCGUGGAGCAGAACAAGCAAGUUGCUCCGUCCACCCUCCCAACUCUGGAAAAACCUACAUGGGCAGAAAUUGUGAAGCAUCAAAAGCAGCCCGAGAACGUUCAGAAGAUCAAGGAGGAGAAAACACAGAUUGAAAAAGCUGAAGUGCAAAAAAAGGAAGAAAAACAACAGCUGUCUGAAAACAAGAAGGAAUUACAGCUCUGCAAGUCUCCUAAGCCCGUUCAGGAUAAAAGCACGGAAGAGAACAAGAAGGUGGAGCAGAGUGAGGAAGUCGUAGAGCAGAACAAGCAAGUUGCUCCGUCCACCCUCCCAAGUCUGGAAAAACCUACAUGGGCAGAAAUUGUGAAGCGUCAGAAGCAGCCGGAGAACGUUCAGAAGAUCAGGGAGGAGAAAACACAGAUUGAGAAAGCUGAAGUGCAAAAAAAGGAAGAAAAACAACAGCUGUCUAAAAACAACAAUAAAUCUUCCCUCAGUACGGACAGUAAGAAUAGAGAGCUUUACAUCUGGAACCUCGACUAUACUGUAAACAACGAGCGCCUUUACAAUGAGUUCCUCCCAUUCGGAACCAUCAUCCACGCUAAGGUGAUAAUGAAGGGCCUCCGCUCCAGGGGAUUUGGCUUCGUUAGCUUUUCCUCACCAGCCGAAGCAGAGGAAGCCCUUAAAAAAAUGAAUGGGAAGAUUUUGGGAAAAAGGACAUUGUAUGUUUCUUUCUCUGAAGCCAGAGAGGGUCGAGAGACAUACCGCACUCAGGAAAAGAAAAUGACAGAGAGUAGCUCACUAUCCAAACCCCGGCAGAGUCCUCCUGGGAAGACAGAGAGGGUCCGGCCGUAGCGUGAGUCACAUGCUGAAGUGAUCAUUUUUUGAAAUGCAAUAAAUUAAGUCAGAAUAGUGUAAUGGCAUUAUUACACACCAUAUUAUUAUUAUGUACAAAUAUCUAAUAUUUGUACAUGUGAAACACACCUACACUUUGGAGUAACACAACUUUGUCUUUCUCUUUCGGGUCGUCACUGCCAGGAAUGCAAUGAAUAAACUGAGAACCACAAAAAAAUCAAUCGACUA